AUGCGGCGCCUGCCCCGCUGUCUCGCCGCAUAUGUGCUUCGGAUGCGCCCUGCACUGUGCCGUUUUGCUCACCUGCGCUUUGGGGCAUUCUCGCGAAACGUAAGGAUUUGUCAAAGUGACGCGUGUGGGCACCAUCGCACGUCUCCAUGGACGAAAGACGGCGACAAAAGAAAAAUGGCUCAUCGACACGCACAGUAA